GUUGCACGCCAAUAAUAAACUCAAAUAUUUCAAUUUCAGAAGUAACUUCUACAUGGAUUCAAAUUCACACUAUGAAGGAAAUCAUGUCUCCCACGAAAUAGAGAAUGGGUUCGAAAUUUAUCCGUCAGCCCUUAAUAUUAUUUGGGGAAAGGAUGCACGAUAUUGGAAAUUACCUCAAGGGAAAGAACCAGGAGAAGCAGCAGAACUUGUACAAGUAAGUUGGCUAGAGGUAACAGGAUAUUGUGACAAAGUAGAGGCAAACGUAACAUAUGAUGUUAAGUUCCAGCUGAAAUUGACACCAGAUGCAUUUGGCUGGAAUGAUAUACCCAUCUACUUUAUGGUCAAAUCUGGAAGCGGAAGCUUAUGGAAGAAACUGAAUUUGACAAAAGAUGCCCCUACCAAUUCUGAUGGAACAUAUGUCGUACCCAACAAUCUUACUGUUACAGUGGGAAAAGGUGGCAAUGACGAGAACAAGCUUUAUUUUGGGCUCUAUGAAGUCUGGAGUGGAAAGUGGAAAGGAGGAUUAGUAAUCCAAAAAGUAAUAAUUACCAAGAGUGUGGAGGAUUAAUUAAUAUACGUACAUUCUUUCUGCAUGCAGCUUGUGGGAGUACUAAAUAUAAUACGUGAUGGAUCUUAAUAAAAGAAUGCUUCAUAGAAGUUUUCUGUCAUAAUCUUUAGUAUGUUUCCUUGUAAUAGUAAGUUAUUAUGAAAAUAAAUGUUUGCUUAUAUUUUUUCGUUUCA